AUGAAGCUCUCCGUUGUUAUUCUGUCUCUCGCCUCUCUGGUGUUUGCCGCUUCUCUCCGUACCUUCGAACAACAACCUCUUCCUGCAGCGCAAAGCGGCUUUGACCUGGAUUUGAAUGCGUUCAGGCUCAUACAACUGGAAGGUCGAGCACCUGAAUGGGUCACGGAAGGCCGAAAGGCAGGGCAUCCUCCCUGGUCUCAUAUUGAACUGAAGGCACUAGGAUUCAAGUUCUUCGAUAUAACUGAAAACCAAGAUCUUGGUAAUGGGAUCCAGUCUCCAACACGGGUCAAAUCGUCUUUCCCAUCCCCCAACGCCACAGAGAAGGUGACGCCCAUACUCAAGACCUUGUCAACUCAAGGCCCGAAGGAGAAUUUGGAAAAGUUCACAAGCUUCCGCACCAGGUAUUAUCGCAGUGAUACCGGACGGGCUAGUCAGAAAUGGCUUCUAUCCAAGAUCUGCGAGAUCACCAAUGGGACGGCAUCUGCAUCGUUGCAAAAACUAAUCACAUUUCGUGAGUUCAGGCAUUCAUGGGGUCAGAACAGCAUUAUUGUUCGAAUCCAGGGAUCGUCCACUUCGGAUGAUGCUGUAGUUAUCAUUGGCGCCCACCAAGAUAGCACCAACUUGUGGCCUUUUCUUCCUGCACCUGAUGAUGGUUCCGGCUCGGUCACAAUAUUGGAAGCAUAUCGCGCUCUUCUAGCUGCUGAUUAUCGACCCGUUCGGACGCUCGAAUUCCACUGGUAUUCUGCAGAGGAGGGUGGCCUUCUUGGUUCACAAGCUGUAGCUCAAGACUACGCUGCAAAUUCAGUAAAUGUGAUAGCGAUGUCUCAAUUCGAUAUGACUGCUUGGGUUAAGCGAGGUACUAGAGAGGAAGCUGGCAUCAUCAUCGACUAUGUAGACCCGGAUUUAACCAAGUUCAACAUGGAAUUGGUGGACUUGUAUAUGGACAUUCCCUUCGUUCAAACUCAGUGCGGAUACGCCUGCAGUGAUCAUGCAUCAUGGAGGAAGGCUGGAUAUGCUAGUACGUUCACCAUUGAAAGCUCAUUCGAAAACUCCAACAAAAACAUCCAUUCGGCCAACGACCGGAUUGACAUUUCCGAUGAGUUCAGCUUUGAACAUAUGCUGGAAUUUUCCAAGCUUGCCGUCGCCUUCGCCGUUGAGCUCGGAGGAUACACUGACUAG